GGCGGGGUCUAGCGUUCAAACUCAGGGCAGAGUUACAGGGAAGUCUCGGUACGUUACAUCGCCGCCGCUCCAUCUACCGGUGGCUGAACGCUGAAGUAAACUGCGGGGACCCGCGGUGCCCCCAGCCUGGCACAGUGGCACCACAGAGGUAGAGGGACGACCACAGCCUGGCACCACAGAGACAGCGGAACGUCCACAGCCUGGCACCACAGAGACAGCGGGACCCCCCCAACCUGGCACCACAGAGACAGCGGGACCCCCCAGCCUGGCACCACAGAGACAGCCGAACGUCCACAGCCUGGCACCACAGAGGUAGAGGGACCCCCCCAGCCUGGCACCACAGAGGUAGAGGGACCCCCACAGCCUGGCACCACAGAGGCAGCGGCGGGGCCCCCACAGCCUGGCACCACAGAGUCAGCGGCCGGACCCCCACAGCCUGGCACCACAGAGGCAGCGGCCGAACCCCCACAGCCUGGCACCACGGACCCCCACAGCCUGGCACCGCUCAUGCAUCAGGGAGGAAGCCUGAACAGUCCGGCUGAGAGCAGGACCACAUGGCAGCCGACCAAUUCCUUCUCCUUGUUUUCCUCCCCUAAAGGCUGGAACUUUAAAGGGAGGAAAAGGAAGCAGAGUUCCCAGGACCAGGAUGAUGCCAUCAGCGUAUGCAGCCUCAGCAGAAAUGAUGAACCAAGUACCAAACGGGUCAAACCACUUUCGAGGGUCACAUCACUUGCGAAUCUUAUUCCCCCAGUGCGGGCAACUCCUUUAAAGCGAUUCAGCCAGUCACUGCAGCGUUCUAUUAGUUUCCGGGGUGACAGUCGUCCAGAUCUGUUUACCCCAAGACCAUGGUCAAGAAAUGCUGCUCCUUCCAUCACAAAACGCAGGGACAGCAAACUCUGGAGUGAGACCUUCGACGUUUGUGUCAAUCAAGUGCUGACAUCUAAGGAGAUCAAGCGUCAGGAGGCUAUUUUCGAGUUAUCUCAAGGAGAGGAAGACUUAAUAGAAGACUUGAAGUUGGCAAAAAAGGCAUAUCAUGACCCAAUGUUGAAGCUAUCUAUAAUGACAGAAGAAGAACUGAUGCAGAUAUUUGGAACCUUGAAUUCUCUUAUUCCUCUGCAUGAAGAUCUCCGCAGACGCUUGCGUGAUGUCAGAAAACCAGACGGGUCCACAGAGCAUGUUGGUCACAUCUUAGUCGGCUGGUUGCCAUGCCUAAACUCUUAUGACAGCUACUGCAGUAAUCAAGUGGCAGCCAAAGCCCUGCUGGACCACAAGAAACAGGACCAUCGAGUGCAGGACUUCCUACAACGCUGUCUAGAGUCACCUUUUAGCCGAAAAUUAGACUUAUGGAAUUUCUUAGACAUCCCUAGAAGUCGACUGGUGAAAUAUCACUUACUACUGAAGGAAAUACUCCGACAUACUCCAAAUGAUCACCCAGAUCAGCAGCAUUUGGAGGAAGCUAUUAAUAUAGUUCAAGGGAUUGUAACAGAAAUUAACAUAAAAACAGGAGAGUCUGAAUGUCACUAUUACAAGGAGAGGCUGAUUUAUCUUGAAGAUUGUCAGAGGGAUCUACUGAUUGAUAACUCUCGGGCUCUGUGCUGUCAUGGGGAGCUGAAGAAUAACAGGGGAGCAGUGCCAUUUCUCUUCCAGAAGUUUCACGUGUUCCUCUUUCAAGAAGUCCUGGUUAUUACAAGAACUAUAACGCAAAAUGACAAUGUUUGCUAUCAGCUCUAUCGACAACCAAUCCCUGUAAAGGACCUUGUAGUGGAAGACUUGCAAGAUGGGGAGGUCCGCGUGGCCGGAUCGUUACGUGGUGCCUUCACCAACAAUGAGAGAAUAAAAAACUUUUUCAAAGUAGGUUACAAGAAUGGUCCCCAGGCCCAGUCUCAUUCUUUUCAAGCAAAUGACACUUUCAACAAGCAACAGUGGCUGAAUUGUAUCCGGCAGGCCAAAGAGUCCGUCUUGUGUUCUGGAGGAGACAACCUGCUGCCUUUAGAAGGACACUUAAUAUCGGCAGAGGGAAGCAGUGAUCCUCAGCCGACCACGAGGUCUGAACAAAUGGACCACUCAGAUAGUAUCUCAGACUGCAGUAUGGACACAAGCGAGGUCAGCAUGGACUGUGAACAUAUGGAACAGACGGACUGUAGCAUACACAGCAAGCACGUUGAGAGCGAUGUUUGACAAAACCUGGAAUUAAACUGCUUGUUACCUGUACAGUAUUUGCAUUCCGCCUAUGGAGCAGUUAGAGAAGCACUUUUAUAACGGAGGUCGCCACCGAGACUUGUAGUAUUCAUGGACAACAGUACUGUAGCAACCGGCUGUAACUGCCAGCUGGACCUGCACCUACCCCAUCUUCUAAAUCAGCUGUGCGCUGGGAUAGAUUGUUUCUAUCCAGAAAGCUCCACCGGCAUGCUGUUAAGAAGAGUCUUUUAAACUACUGUCUAUAUGUGUAUCAUAUACAAAAAUAUAUGUUUACUGUAAAAAGAAAAAAAAUGUACUAUUUUUUUCUACAAAUUAACACUGUGUCUUAGUACAAAUGCCUCAGUUCUCUUUUUAAAAUAAGGAACAUCUUGAUAAGAUAUUAAGAAAGUAUAAAAAGUUCCCUGUGCUAGUUAAAGGGUUUUACCAGUACAAGUGAUGGCAUGGCAUAUCAUCGGGGGAGACCUGAUUUCCGCUCCACCACCGAUUCUCCGAAUGAGAACUCCUUCAUAGUUUUCCCUGCUCACAGCCCAAUUCACUUAAAGGGGUUGCCAGCUUAUUUUUUUUUUUAUAUUGAUGACCUAUCUUCAGGUCAUCAAUAUCAGAUUGGCUGGGGGCCUGACUCUGUUAACCCUGCCGAUCAGCUGUUUAAAGAGACAGCAGCGUCUUCUCCUCACUGUUUAACUGCUCGCCGUCACAAUUACAAUGGCGAGCAGGUGUGAGUACAGCUCAUCCGUUCCCAUUCACUUCAAUAGGUAUGCUCCAUCCUAUUCACUUGAACAAG